AAUUGAAUCGAAGUGAAAUUUUACGAGAGGCUUCAAAUUAAGUGCAAGUGAAUUUGUUAAUUAAUCAAUCAUACCAGCUGUCUUUAAUUGGACAGUGUGUUAUCUGCUGAUUAAUAGCAUAUUUUGGAUUAUUUUAUAUUCAGUUUUUCUUCUAAUAAUGGAUUACGGAAUAUUUAACAAUUACUCAGUCACAUUAGAUGGAUUGAUGCGUGAAGCGCAAAGUAUUAGUCCUGUGCACUCGGAAGUCUCUAACGCCAGCGAGCCAGAGAAGCCGCGCAAGGAAGUGAAUGCACGUGAACGUAAUCGCACACAAAGGUUACUAUUUCUAAAUUUAAUGGAAUACAAUUCAGAAAAUACAAAACUUACUAAAUUCGAUUUAUUUACAGGCAACAACGAGAAGCCGUGUGCCAAUUAUACUAGCCCCCAUCUGUGUGAAAAUAGAAACGCAGCAGACAAACUAACAAGAUCAAGUAUCUGCACAUUUUGCGCAACUUCAAGCGGAAGCAAAAAUUAAAGAAUAUAUAAAUGGAACGUUGCUUAAUUUUAAUGGAAUAUUUAAUUGAUAAUUAUGUGCAUAUGUAUGUAUAUAAGCAAGUUUAUCAUAUAAAAAAAAGUUUGAGUUUUUUAAGCUAAUGGCUUAAAAUAUUUUUUAUUUGAAAACUUUUAGUAUUGGUUAUGCUUUUACAUUUGAAGAUAAAAAAAAUUGGCUUUAUUUUAAGUUUAGUGAUAUACAAAUAUUGGCGCAAUAAAUGUUGCAAUAAUAGAGAAUAGAGAAUUUCUAAUACUGUUGUACUUGUUUACUGAGGAACAUUU